AUGUUGAAUAAAUCUCAUGUUCUACGGAUUCCCGGUAUCCCUGUGUCUGUCUUUGUGUACACUGCAAAAGAUGUCCGCUGUGUGGCAUUCACCCUAAAGAAUACGAGAGUGCAGCAACCUGUCAACUCGAAAUGGGCAGCGAGCGCAAUUUCUCGGCGUACCAUCCAUACUUCUCGCUUAUUACGUUUGCGUGGACCACUUACAUUUGAUGGCUGGUAUCCUCGAGAUCAUAAACCAGGAGAAUAUGCGGUCACUGAAGAUGAACGACGUGCUGCUGCCAUCAAGUAUGGGCUUCGACCAGAGGAUUACAAGCCGAUGAACAAAGACGAUGUAGUACGUUAUGCUGGCGAUUACCCCGAUUUGGGAAGUGUAACCUAUGAUCACAAGGAUCCUUAUGAAGAUUGGUCUGAUAGGCUGAACAGGAGAAACUGGGGAGAAAUGGUACCCAUGGAUAUGAUGCGACACAGGGGUGAUCGUUUGACAUUCACUGGACUGGAAUAUGAAGACUUUACAACAUGGGGUUCCAUUAUACUUUGCCUGAGAGUACUAGUGCCGAUGGCUCUCCUGUCUUGGUACUUCUGUACGAGAGAUCCUAACGCUUUACGAUGGAAGAAUCCUGCGAUGCCAAAGCAGUAUCCAUACGACUUUUAUCGCGCGUUCCCGUAUGAUGACGCUAGGAGAUUUCCAAUCACGAACUACUCCUUUGAUCUGGAAUAGGAUAGUGUUAGCGGUGUCUUGUAGAUGGUGUUGUGUCGAUGUAGAAAAGUUUACUAGUAACUCAUAUGAACGAAUAAAGCAUGACUUGCUAA